AUGGAAAAGGUGAGAGAGAAGGUGGAAGAGAACACAGUGAAGGUGAAAGAAGUCAGAGAGAAGCCCCAGAACAUCAGGGUGGAAAUGUACCAUGAAGUUCAAUGUGAGAAUGACACUGAGCAACCAGAAGCUGGAAGCCAAGCAAAGAGUGGCUUCAAACAGAAGGGGUACACCUGUGGGGACUGCCAGAAGAUCUUCACGAGGAAGAGCAGGCUGAUCUGUCACCAACGCACCCACACAGGAGAGAAGCCUUUCACGUGCCUGGAGUGUGGGAAGAGCUUCAUCUCGAGCUCACACCUCAUGAGACACCAAC